GAAAUGCUAGAACACAAGUACGGGGGCCACCUGGUGUCCCGGCGCGCCGCCUGCACCAUCCAAACCGCCUUCCGCCAGUACCAGCUCAGCAAGAACUUCGAGAAGAUCCGCAACUCGCUGCUGGAGAGCCGCCUGCCGCGGCGCAUCUCCCUGCGCAAGGAAGGAGGGGGCAUGGGGCGUUCUAGGUUGAAGACCUGCAUACGGACAACAGGAUAUAGUCAGGGGAAGGGCCUCUUUAGGCCUGGGGCAGAGCCUGCGAGAAACCCCGACAAGGGCAUCCAGUUCCUGAUCUCGCGCGGCUUCAUCCCCGACACCCCCAUCGGUGUGGCCCAUUUCCUGCUCCAACGUAAGGGCCUCAGCCGCCAGAUGAUCGGAGAGUUCCUGGGCAACAACAAGAAGCAGUUCAACCGCGACGUGCUGGACUGCGUGGUGGACGAGAUGGACUUCUCCAGCAUGGAGCUGGACGAGGCCCUGCGCAAGUUCCAGGCGCACAUCCGCGUGCAGGGGGAGGCCCAGAAGGUGGAGCGGCUGAUCGAGGCCUUCAGCCAGCGCUACUGCGUGUGCAACCCCGAGGUGGUGCAGCAGUUCCACAACCCCGACACCAUCUUCAUCCUCGCCUUCGCCGUCGUCCUCCUCAACACCGACAUGUACAGCCCCAACAUCAAGCCCGACCGCAAGAUGCUGCUGGAGGACUUCAUCCGGAACCUGCGAGGUGUGGAUGAUGGCGCCGACAUCCCCAGGGAGCUGGUGGUGGGCAUCUACGAACGGAUACAGCAGAAAGAGCUCAAGUCCAAUGAGGACCACGUCACCUACGUCACCAAGGUGGAGAAGUCUAUUGUGGGCAUGAAGGCGAUGCUGUCGGUGCCCCACCGCCGCCUGGUGUGCUGCAGCCGGCUCUUCGAGGUGACAGACGUGAACAAGCUGCAGAAACAGGCGGCCCACCAGAGGGAGGUGUUCCUCUUCAACGACCUGCUGGUGAUUCUCAAACUUUGCCCAAAGAAAAAGAGCUCCUCCACGUACACCUUCUGCAAGUCGGUGGGCUUGCUGGGCAUGCAGUUUCACCUCUUUGAGAAUGAGUAUUACUCUCAUGGCAUCACACUGGUGACCCCGCUCUCGGGCUCCGAGAAGAAGCAGGCGCUGCACUUUUGUGCCCUGGGCUCGGACGAGAUGCAGAAGUUCGUGGAGGACCUGAAGGAGUCUAUCGCCGAGGUGACGGAGCUGGAGCAGAUCCGGAUAGAAUGGGAGCUUGAGAAGCAGCAGGGGACAAAGACACUCUCCUUCAAGCCUGGCGGAGCCCAGGGGGACCCACAGUCGAAGCAAGGAUCGCCCACAGCCAAGCAGGAAGCCGCGCUGGGGGAGAGGCCGGCGGAGAGCACGGUGGAGGUAUUAAUCAGUGCCUCCCCAGCCCGACUCACCAUUUUACCCAUUUCAAGAGAUACAAUUAAAAGUUACUGCUAGCAUGGGUAA